CAUGUGAGAGCAUUUCGAGAGAGGGUGGGUCCUCCCCACUCUCAGCCGUACCAAGGCAUUCGGGGGCAGACAGAACCAAUAAGGUGUUGGUUGUGAAUUUCUUGACACCGCCUCAAGAGAAACAGUUAAGCAAAAUAUUCGACCAUCUCCCCAAUUACAGUCGUCAAAGGCGAUAUUGCACGCAAUUCCUUGAAUUCAUAAAAAUUUGGGAAUGUCACCUUUAUUACCCUCAAAUUCUUUGUUUUCCUUUUUUGUUUGCUUGGGAUCAUUCCGUCUUAAAUUCUUUUAUUAUAUUUGAAACAGUGAAACACUAAUUUCCUGGUUGCAGGCUUUCUAGUUUGCUUUUAGAAAUAUGAUGUUUAUACUCUUAAGAUAAAAUAUGGUGGUAUUAUAAAGCGAAACCUAUAGUAUGUUUUUUUGGGUAUCAUGACAGUGAUUUUGACCAUGUAUUUCUAGAUAAUGAAACUUGUUAGCUCCAUCCCACUUAAUAUUGUGAAACCUGACUUCGAAUGAAUUGAGUUUUAACUGUUUUUGAGAUGGUGGAGAUUUGUAGCCCAGAUGAAUGAUUUUGAUGGGGUUUCGUUCUCUGAGCUGGAUGGUUUGUCACCCUUCAAAUAACUUUAGGUGUAUUGUUGAAUUGGCUUUUCACUGUUGAAUUCUCUUGUUGACACCAAUCAGUUUUUUUUCUGACUAGUAAAACAUUCAACCUGGACAUUUACACUGAUGGUAUUGCUGGGAUGUUUAAGUAAUUACAGCUAUUAUUUCAUGAAGUUAUUGCUAUCUGGCAUCGUCUCUCAGGCUUGCACAAUCAUGGCUCAAUCGCCUUCAGUAGAGGAGUAUGGUAUGACAAACGAUAUGUUGGCCGCACAUGUCAGAGACCACUUUGCUCAGUUCACACUUUUGGAAUCAGGUUUACGACAUCCAAAUUCUUUCAUGCAAGAUUGUGCAUACCAUCAGCUUACACCAGAAACCCGCAAGCAGUUGAUUCACUUAUACUAUUCCCUUGAUGAGAGUUUUUUACGUGAAUUUGUUGGCAAAAGAUUAUCAAAUAAAUCCAGACGGGAAUUAUCUGAUAUUGCAGAAAGAUGCGAACUUCAACUAAGGAGUUGUAAAAGGCAGUUUGAUAACCUGUCGUGUGUUGCCCGCCGGACUGAAGAUUUGCCUGGUCCACUAACAGAUAAUAUAAAGAAUUGUUUUCUUCUACCAGAAUGGCUUGCUGAGUGUUAUGCCGCUGUUAUAUUUAUUACAAGUAACAGAUUUGAAACGUCUAAGAAGUGUCUUUCAUAUCUUACUUUUGAGAACUUGGCAUAUUGUGCAGGUCAGCUAAUGACUCAUUGGUCAACUAGUGGUAAAGAUCCAAAAGGUGAACCGGUUGUCAGUAUUGAUUUGGACCUUCAAUUUUUUCACGAUCUUAAAGAAUGUAAACCACUGAUUGAGAAAAAAGAAUAUUUAGAUAAGCAUAAACUACUUGUUAUUCGCAGUCUCUCUGAAAUUCAAGCGAAAAUCGUUUUAGCAAAUUUAGAAUCCAACUUCAAACCUAUAUCCAAAGCAGUGAUAAAUUUAGCAUGUGGUCUAAGCCACGCUCGGGAAAUGCGAAAUUUUUUCUUAGACAUUAUUGAAAAGUUAAUUGAACCAAUGCGAGCAUUGAAUUGGCCAUCGAAAGAAGUUAAAAUGUUUUUCGAUGCUUAUCAUAAUACCGUUAAGGCUCUACCUCCUGGAAGAUCCUCAACUUUCCUCACUAUAUGGACACGUUUCAUCAUUCCAUUUUCGAAUUGUGUAAUCCACUUAUAUCAUAAUUAAUCUAUCUGGAUAAGAACGAUAAUCCAUAAUAAUUUUUAUGCAUCAAUAACAAUUACCGUUAUAGGAUAAAUCGAGUUUAUUUCAUGUCGUGUGCUCUAGUUCUCUCAUGUACGCAGUGGUUUGUAUCAAUAGAUAAAAUGUUUUCAUUGUAGCUAUAUGUGUAUGAAGUCAUUUAGUUCACUACUAAAAUAUAGUUAAAAAUACUUAUAACUUCUUUUAAUGUGGAGUCUUAAAUCACUAAUUUCCCACUAAAAGAGACCGUUGAUAUCCAAUCAUUCUCUACUUGCAAUAGCACAUAUUUUGGAAUAUCAGAGAGGCUAUUAUCUUAAAGAACAUCGGGAUAUAAGCCGAAUAAUUUGGUCAUGCAUUGCUCCAAACUACGUGGUGAUAUCAUAGGAAGACAAAUUGGACACUGGUCAUCCAGUAAAUCAUGAUACUACCUUCCGUGUGAUAAAUAUACAGGACUAUUUCGGACUUCUAUUUUUUCAGAAGGAGCUACUGUCAGUUGUUUCAGCAUGAAUAUGUGUGUACAAAAGGAACUUGUGGUUUACUUGACAUUGUCAAGGUGACUGUUUCACUGAUAACUUUUCAUUCCUUGUUUCCUCUCUCAUUUUUGAAGAUACUUUAAAUUGUCAGCGACUUCUUACGUAGAACAAUAACUGUGAUUAUUAUUUUUUUAUCACUAUUUGUUCUUUGCUAAUACUUUUGUUAAUUUUGUAAAUUAUCUGUGACUGAAUAAAAAAUUGUUUUUUUUGAUCUUAAAUUUCUGUUUGAUCUUAUAUUGUUUAGUUCAUAGAAAGAGGGGUUUAUUGUGUUAUUAUUAUGUGGUAGUGAUCACUUCUAGCAGCACUGAAUUUAUCACUUACCUAUCUUAGUCGAUUACAACGGUUUGAAAAUGUUUGUAUGGAUAAUUGAGUUU